AUCUUGUGAAGCUAAGUGAAAGAGAAGGACCGCAUGUGAACUAGCUUCAACUACUACAUCAAAGUCUGUCUCACUACGGUCUCACUCUUACUAACUCCUGAAAUAAAUGGCCACCUUUUGCACCCAUUGUGGCGCACAUGGGCCCGUGUGCGCGCGCUCGUUCCCGUGCAGGACUGCAAAUUCCACCUUAAAAGCCUCCUCGAGUGAAACUUUUCGCUUGCAACUCCGUUGGUCCACCUUAAGCGCACACGCAAACGCAGGAGGCGUACAGCGAGGUUUCCGCUUCUCAGUUGGGCUCGGACCGCGGCUCACGAAAAAACACCGUGUGUAACGUACAAGGUUGGCGCACCAAGGUAAGAAAAAACAGCGAGAAGAAAGCGAACCAACCGAGCAAAAAAGAUGUCUGAAUCCAAGUACCGCGAGUGGAUCCUGGACACUAUCGACUCGCUGCGGUCACGGAAAGCCCGGCCGGACUUGGAGAGGAUUUGCCGAAUGGUCCGGAGACGACACGGGUCCGAGCCUGACCGAACCUGCGCGGAACUGGAGAAACUGAUUCAGGAGCAAACCGUGCUGAAAGUUAACUACAAGGGCUCUAUUUCAUACCGAAACGCCGCCAAGGUUCAGCGGAGAAGCAGAAAAAAGGACGAUGUAACGUUAACAACGGCUGCGAGAAGGAGCGCGGUGGAAGAAGCCAGUCAUUCUGACUUGAGCAACGGGGACAGCGCUUUCGGUGCCGUGGACCAGGACGAGGAGGAUUUGGAGGCUGACACUUCUAUGGCAAUGGACACAGACAGUAAUGCAGAUGAGGAGGGGGCUGAUGAGAGCCGGGAUGGGCAGGAUGGACCCUCUCCUGGCCGCUCAUAUGAAGACACCGCCGUGCACUGUUCGUCUGUGCGAGCCGUCUCUGCCCCCUGCUCCCCCACUGGCACUCGGCCUGGCCCCGGCUCCGGCCCCGGCCCAGGCUCCAUCCCUGGCUCCGGCCUGGACUGUGCCUCUUUCCAGAAGGCUGGUGAGAGGCCCAGCUCCUUGCCCCCCUCCAGCCCCAGGGCCCUCACACACAAUGACUGGGCCUAUCAUUCUGCUGUCUGCCCAGUGGAGCGCCAGCACCCAGGAAUGCAGAGAGACAAAGCAGCAGCAGCAGCAGCAGCAGCCAUGAAGCCAGCAGUCCACUCUGAAACCACCAGCCCCUGCACUUUAAAGAACAACGUGAAGAAAGAAGAUGGAGGCAAGGCGGUGGAUAGUGGCCUUUCAUCUGACCAGCUGGUACCAGACUAUGCAGCAGGGCAGGAUGAAACCAAGAAAGCAUCUGUUGGAAGACCACAGGCACUGUUGUUGUCAUCUGACAACUGUACAUUAAAGAACAAGAUAGAAAUAUCCUCCUUCACACCAACUGAAGACGGUCUUCUGAAUGGUGGUAAAGGUGAUGAAGUCUCUGUGAAGAAGGAGAAGAUGAGCCAGAACUUAAUGCUGUGGACUGUGGCAGAUGUGGCCAGUUACUUCUCAGCUGCAGGCUUUCCAGAGCAGGCUGUGGCGUUUCGAACGCAGGAAAUUGAUGGGAAGUCCCUCCUCCUUAUGCAGCGCAGUGACGUGUUGACCGGUUUGUCCAUCCGACUCGGCCCCGCCCUCAAAAUCUACGAGCGCCACGUAAAGGUGCUGCAGAGGACCCACUUCCUGGAAUGUGAAGACCUCUGAAGUGGAGAUUCACAUUACAGACACAAAGACAAUGCUGCAUUGACCCAAACGUGCAUGCAGUGCCCUCUCCCAUCUAGAUCCUACCACCCACCUUCAUAUACAGAAUAUGUAGAGGGUGAGUGGAGGGGAGGCUGCGGUGGAAUAAACUUUCACUGUGAGAAUGACCAGAAACUGAAAGACAUUCAUCCUACCUCUCAUUACGGUCUUUAGUUUUCAAGUUUUUUCAUUUCACCCAUGUGGCUGUUCGAUUGCAUCGUCGAGGGAACAGACUGGUACGUUCAAAGUAUGUUUUAAAGUGGAGGAGCAAUGACCUUUCCUGCAAGAUGGAUAAUGCAGCCACUGAAGGGGACUGAGCCCUGCACCAAGUGGACCACCUUUGGGCUAAUGUACCCACAGAGACAAGCUGCACUGCGUAGUGCUUCAAGCGAAGCGCUGUCACAGUUUUUGGUCCACUAGAAAAUGUCGGCUUGGCUGUGACUCUCAAAAUUUCACCCUGCGUCCUCGCUCGAUUUGUUAUGGUACCUUCUGUUAGUCCGGGACCUCUUUGUAAGUCACACAGAUAAACACAAAGCGCAUCUCUUGUGAGUUUUCCUUUGAUUUCGUUAAAUGAAUUGUCAUCAAAGUGCUGGGGAAGACAGACUAUCUACAUAUCUGCAUAACAAAGUCUGAUUCCUGACUUACCAUGCCUCCGAUAGCUGCUGAUGUUGGAGUGUGUCUCUGUAACACAGAGAUAUGACCAAUAUGAAAUACUACUACCUGCUGGAAAGGCAAUAUGUUGUGUUUUUUCUUUUUCUAUCCUAUUUAGAUUUGACUGUGGUCCAAUUUAAUACGGUUGCAUUUAGGGGAACAACUGCAGAGAGAGGUAACCAGGAAAGGUGCAGCCUAAUGGAAUUUGCUUUCAUACAUAAGCAAAAUAAAGUAAUAAACUUUGGGAAAUGUUAUUGUAAUACUGAAUAUAUUCAAUACUGCUGCUCAGUGCCUGUUUACAGAGCAGAUAUCUUGAUCAAAUGCAAUAUUUUAUGUUUUCAUCCAUUGAUAAUUUGUCCAGUGUCUCUUUUUAAUGUAAGCCAGCCUCUUGAAUUGUAACAUUCCAUGUGAUGUAGUCUACAUCUCCAACAUAUCUCCUCCCCUUUUUAUCUGUAACACUGACAUUCUUCCAGAGUCACAAAUAAAGCUUGUGUCUCUCUGUUCAGUUA